UUUAAAUCAAUUCAAAUUAUAAAAAUUCUGCAAUAUGGCAUCACUCGAAGAUCUUAAGUCUGUCUUGAAAGAGACUCUUGAACAAAGAGGAGUUUUAGGAGAAAUCAAGGCUAAAAUCAGAUCAGAGAUAUUCACAGCUCUUGAUAAUGACACUAUUGGCAAACCUAAGCUAUCCAAUGAAAACAUGAUCAUCAAUGAGAUGAUCAGAGAAUACCUGGAGUAUAACAAGUAUUACAACACUUUGAGUGUUCUUACUACUGAAACAGGACAACCAGCUGAGCCUGCCUUUGACAGAGAGUAUCUUCACAAAAAGUUUAGUGUCAAAACUAGUAAAGGAGACAUGCCUCUUCUCUACGAACUCAUCUUUGGACUAAAGCCAGAACUCUCCAGUGAGUUCAAGGGAGCAAUGAUUGAUGAUGAAGAAGAAGAGGAAGAGUAACUCCUCCCUGCUUUCCCACAAUUUCUU